GAACUUACCACCAGGAUCACUGAGCUGCUGAGCGGAGAGGUUCCUAUAAGGUGUCAGGAUGUCGCUGUCUAUUUCUCCAUGGAGGAGUGGGAGUAUUUAGAAGAACACAAGGAUCUGUACAAGGAUGUCCUGAUGGAGAAUCACCAGCCUCUUACAUCACCGGAUGGAUCCAGUCGGAGAAAUCCACCAGAGAGAUGUCCCAGUCCUCAUUAUUCCCAGGACUGUCCAGAGGAGAAACCAAAUAUCCCACUGGAUCAUCAGGAAAGUUCUGGUGAAACGACGAGUGGACUUGAAAACCCCAUCUCGGUAUCUGUGAAAGUGGAAGACAGGAUGAGCGACUCCUAUGGACAUCUCCAUAUAUCUUCCCAUCAUGAAGCAGAAGAUAACAAUACCACACAAGAUGAUUCAAUAACUCCUAAUGUACCCUCAGUCCUUCACAGCAGAGAUUUAUCCACUGAUACUGCUGGUCACAAGAAACCUUCAUCUAAGCAAUUACUGAUUGGUAAAACAAAAACUAAACAGAAAUGUGGGAACAUUUUUUCUAGUGAGAAACGUUUUAAAAAGAAAUCUAAUCUUUUUUUGCAUGAGAGAAAUUGCAGAGAUAACGGGUCAUUUUCAUGCUUGACAUGUGGAAAAUCUUUUAGCAUGAAAUCCAUGCUAGUUGCACAUCAGAGAACUCACACAAGGGAGAAUCCAUUUUCAUGCCCAGAAUGUGGGAAAUCUUUUAUUCUGAAAUCUUGUCUUGUUAGACAUCAGAGAACUCAUACAGGUGAGAAGCCAUUUCUAUGUCUUGAAUGUGGAAAGUGCUUUAGUCGGAAAUCAAAUCUUGUUGCUCAUCAGAGAACUCACACAGGAGAGAAGCUGUAUUCAUGUCCUGAAUGUGGGAAAGGCUCUAUCAGUCAAUCAAGUUUUAUUCAGCAUCAGAGAACUCACACAGGGGAGAAGCCAUAUUCAUGCCCAGAAUGUGGGAAAUCUUUUAUUCUGAAAUCUUGUCUUGUUAGACAUCAGAGAACUCAUACAGGUGAGAAGCCAUUUCUAUGUCUUGAAUGUGGAAAGUGCUUUAGUCGGAAAUCAAAUCUUGUUGCCCAUCAGAGAACUCACACAGGAGAGAAGCUGUAUUCAUGUCCUGAAUGUGGGAAAGGCUUUAACAGUCAAUCUAAUUUUUCUCAGCAUCAGAGAACUCAUACAGGAGAGAAGCCAUUUUCAUGUCUUGAAUGCGGGAAAUGCUAUAGUUGUAAGACAUAUCUUGUUACACAUCAGAGAACUCACACAGGAGAGAAGCCAUUUGUGUGUCUUGAAUGUGGUAAGUGUUUUGGUGCGAAAUCAAUGCUUAGAAAACAUACAAAAAGUCACACAGGAGAGAAGCCAUUUUCAUCUUUAGAAUGUGUGCAACCUUUUAGCCAGAAAUCACAUUAUGUCGAACAUAAAAAACUCCACUUAGUGGAGAAGGCAUUUUCAUGUUCACAAUGUGGGAAAUGCUUUAAGACUAAAACAAGUUUUUUUCGGCAUCAGAGAACUCAUACAGGUGAGAAGCCAUUUUUAUGUCUUGAAUGUGGAAAGUGCUUUAGUCAGAAAUCACAUCUUGUUAGACAUCAGAGAACUCACACAGGGGAAAAGCCAUUUGUGUUCUGAAGGUGAGAAGUGUUUUGGUAUGAUAUCAUUGGUUAUAAGACAUCUAAGAAGUCACACAAGAAGGAAGCCAUUUUAAUGUUCAGAAUGUGUGAAACAUUUUAGCCAGAAAUCAAAUCUUGUGAAACAUCUAAGAACCCACUUAUGAGAGAAGCCAUUUUCAUGUAUUGAAUGCGGUAAAUCUUUUGAUAUAAAGCAAAUCUUUUUAGACAUCAGAGAACUCACACAAGGGAGAAGCAAUUUUCAUGUUCAGAAUGUGGGAAAUGUUUCACCUGUCAAGCAAGUGUUGUUCGACAUCACAUCAUUGUGAGACCUGCUGCCUAUUCAUGUCUUCUGUAUAACUUAAAACGGUUGGCCAGUUUCCCAUAUUAAUGACCUAUCCUCAGGAUAGUGAGUCGACCAGUAUGCACCGACAUUGAGAACAUGUAGAAGAGAUCUUGGAACAGACUUCAGUCAAGACAUGCUUGAAUUUGAUCGAUAGAUGCCCAGUACUGACAGACUGCCGAAGGAGAGACAUUGCUACUCUCUCCCUGUUAACUGUACAUGGCUCCAGAGGGAGAGUAUAAUGGAUAUCUUUGCAUGUGAUCAAACCCCCUUCCACCAUUAGACAGCAUACUUGCAAAAAGUAAAAAGGAGCUCUAUGGGCAAUAUUGAACCUUUGAGGUCUGGACUGAAAAUGCAGCCAGUUGGGGAUGUUGUUUGUGGUCCUGAAGUGAACUGAGCAAGGCUCGGACUGGCCCACAGGGGUACAUGUAAAUCCACCGGUGGGCCCCUAGUCUCCCACCCCUUGCAUAAGUGGCACAUAACACAGUAGACUUGCUGCACUACAUAUAUAUAUUCAAUGUACAGCACCUCAACCAACCUAUGUUCAUAUAAUAAACUUCAUAGAUAAUUAAAGAAACUCCCCAGUUUAUUAUUAUAGACAGGAUCAGAUAGCUGAGAUGUCUUCUAGGUGUAGAGGAAAGCUAGCCAGUAUCCUCUUUUCUCCAGGACCUACCUUCUCAGAGUGGCUGCAGGGACCCCCAUAUUCAAGCAUCUGGUGGCAUCUUGCUGCUGUGUGAGCAGGUAAUAUUGGAAUGUAUCCGUACGGUGGACCCCAGGCAUCCCAGUCCGACAUUGAACUGAGCGUACACUAUAAACCCUCCCAAUGUGUUGAUUGCUGCUGAAUGCGGUGUCAUCAUGGCCAUAACAGAUGACAGUCACAAAUACUUGUGCUGGAUGUGAUUUAUCAGUUGCUACUUGAAAUGUUGAUAUGAUCCCUAGAGCUGAAGAUUAGGAGAACCCUAUAUCAGAAUAUUAAUUGUUUUAAUAGAUAGCCCAAGAGUGAUGUCUCUAUCUGAUACUUUGGAGAGAGUUCAGAGAAGAGCUACUAAACUAGUACAUGGAUUGCAGGAUAAAACUUACCAGGAAAGAUUAAAAGACCUUAACAUGUAUAGCUUGGAAGAAAGACAA